UACAAAACCAGCUAUUCCUCAAACUCGAUUCGUUUAUCAGCUGCAGAGGUAUCUCCCCAUGAUUUUAACAAAAUUCGUUUGAUUGGAAAGGGCGAUGUGGGCAGAGUGUAUUUGGUUCAGAAAAAGGACGAUAAUAGUCUAUAUGCCAUGAAGGUGCUUUCUAAAAAGGAAAUGAUCAAACGACAAAAAAUUCGCCGGGUUCUUGCCGAGCAAGAGAUUCUAGCCACUGCCAAUCACCCCUUUAUUGUCACUCUCUAUCACUCGUUCCAGAGCGACGAUCAUUUGUACUUUGUCACUGAAUACUGCUCUGGAGGCGAGUUUUUUAGGGCUUUGCAGAGUCGUCCUGGAAAAUGUCUGUCUGAAUCUGACGCUCGCUUCUAUGCCGCUGAAGUCAUUUGUGCGUUGGAAUUUUUGCAUCUAAUGGGCUACAUCUAUAGAGAUUUGAAACCAGAGAAUAUUCUACUACACCAUACUGGCCACAUCAUGCUGGCUGAUUUUGAUUUGUCUAAACCUUCUAGAUCCACUGGUACUCCCAACAUUGUGCGAUCGACUUCUACUCCAUUUGGCUUAUCAAAUGCUGGCAACACAGUUGUUGACACCAAAUCCUGUACAGGAUCAUUUAGAACCAACUCAUUUGUUGGCACCGAAGAAUACAUUGCACCAGAGGUGAUUCGUGCCAAUGGUCACACAAGCAAUGUUGACUGGUGGACGCUGGGUAUUUUGAUAUACGAGAUGUUGUAUGGCACUACUCCUUUUAAAGGCCCCAAUCGUCAUAUUACGUUUAGCAAUGUUCUUCACAUGGACGUUCUUUUUCCCGAGCAUCCACUUAAUCAUAUUUCUUUUCCGUGUAAAAGUCUGAUUCGUAAACUCUUGGUCAAGGACGAGCUCAAGCGACUUGGAUCUCGUGCUGGCGCAGCAGAUGUCAAGGCUCACUCGUUUUUCAAACCUGUCAAAUGGGCAUUGUUGCGCAACCUUACUCCGCCCAUUGUUCCAUCUACCCGUGAUCCGAUGGAUCCCAAAUUAUUUAGAACCAUUAGGGAAAGCAAGAGUUUUGAUUUGAACAAGGAAAAUUUGAUUGACUAUGUCUUGUCGCAAAGCGAUGCCAAUCCGUUUAGAAAUUUUGAAUCGGUAACACUACAUCACACAUGA